AGAGAAGAGAGAGAUAUUGUGUAAUCUCGACAACUUUAGCAAUUCUCCAAUGCAGUGGAUACCUAUUCACUCACUAAACUGCCGGACUUCUUUCAUCGAUAUAACCAGGAGGGAAAAUAAAAAAUAAGCAUCUUGAAAUCCGCACUGGGUUGUGAGGUGAAAUCUAAUCAGAUCCAGCAGGGCUGAUGACUAAGAAGUAAUAGGGACUUGAAGAAAAGUUACGUUUGAAAACGACAGCGAGCUGGACGUUAGAAUAACCUUUGCCCCUCAAUGUAUGGAUGAUUGUCUGUCAUACAGUCAAAUGACGGGCUUGUCGGGAUGUAUCUACCUGGAAAUUAACCGCACGAGGAUCUCCGUCCUCUCCAUGUUGUCGAGAGCUUACUUUUUUAACAUUUAAUUUAGAUCAGAACUGUGUUACUUCACAUUUACCUAACUGAUUAUUUGGAGAAAACCACAGUGGGCAUCGUUUUACACCGGGAGAGUAGUUUAAAGAAUGGCACUUGUGGGUGCCUCAGUGCUGUUUGCGGUCUGAAAAGAAAAACAGGAAAUAUCCGAUGCAUUAACAUCACUGUGAGAGUUAAUAACGUGUUCGUCCAGACUGAUGUGUGGAUUACAUACCACGUCGUUGUGAGAGUGGGAACACAAUGUGUCUGACAAGAGAAUAUCGCCACGGAUUCUGCGAAAUCGCUUGAGAAUUGCGGAUGUCUUUUCAAUGCAGUUUUUGUGGAGGGAGCGGGAGAGGGACCAUUCUCCAUCUAAGCAGAGAUCCUGCAGACCUCGGCGUCUUCGUGAACAAGGACAGCUUUACGGUGGAUUGGAAGUUAACAUGAGGAUGACAAGAACCCCUUGGAACUGUGAUUGAAUUGGCAGUGAGCCCAAAUCCUCAUUCCAAAGAGUGAAAGACCAGUCAAUGAAUUAUGAAUGUUAAACAAGAUGACCUCCUAUCAGCAGCAGCAGACGAUGCGAGGUCCUAGGUGGAACCGGGCCUUGUCCGACCCUUUGUUUGUGCUGCUUCUGGCCCUCCAGCUGCUGGUGGUGGCAGGGCUAGUACGUGCUCAGACAUGCCCCUCUGCAUGCUCCUGUAGUAACCAGUUCAGCAAAGUCAUCUGCACCCGGCGAGGCCUGCGGGAAGUACCUGAUGGCAUCUCUACCAACACACGCUACCUGAAUCUGCAAGAAAAUCUCAUUCAGGUCAUAAAGGUGGACAGCUUCAAGCAUCUAAGACAUCUGGAGAUCCUGCAGCUGAGCAAAAACCACAUACGCAAAAUUGAGCUGGGAGCCUUCAAUGGACUGGCCAGCCUCAAUACCUUGGAGCUUUUUGAUAACCGCCUCACUACUAUCCCAAAUGGGGCAUUUGAGUACCUGUCGAAACUAAAGGAGCUUUGGCUGAGGAAUAACCCCAUAGAGAGCAUUCCUUCCUAUGCUUUCAACAGAGUGCCCUCUUUACGGCGGUUGGACCUUGGGGAGCUCAAACGGCUCUCCUACAUAUCUGAGGGGGCCUUUGAAGGGCUGAGCAAUCUGCGCUACUUAAAUCUGGGAAUGUGCAAUCUGAAGGAAAUUCCCAACCUUAUUCCCCUGGUGAAGCUGGAUGAACUGGAGAUGUCGGGGAACCAGCUAGCUGUCAUCCGACCAGGCUCUUUUAAAGGGCUCAUCCAUUUGCAGAAGCUAUGGAUGAUGCAUGCCCAGAUCCAGAUCAUAGAAAGGAACUCUUUUGAUGACCUACAGUCACUAGUGGAGCUCAAUCUGGCCCAUAACAAUCUUACCCUCUUGCCCCAUGAUCUCUUCACUCCUUUACAUCACCUGGAGAGGGUGCACUUGCACCACAACCCAUGGAAUUGUAACUGUGACAUCCUAUGGCUAAGCUGGUGGCUCAAGGAGAUGGUACCAGCAAACACCAGCUGCUGUGCCCGCUGCAGCUCACCAACCCACCAUAAGGGACGAUACAUAGGCGAGCUGGACCAGAACUACUUUCACUGUUAUGCUCCUGUUAUUGUGGAGCCUCCCACAGACCUAAAUGUGACAGAGGGAAGUGCUGCAGAGUUGAAAUGCAGAGCUAGCUCCUUGACAUCGGUAAGCUGGAUUACACCCAAUGGUUCUAUCAUGACACACGGUGCUUACAAGAUCAGAAUCUCCGUGCUGAAUGACGGCACUCUAAACUUCACCAAUGUUACCAUGCAAGACACGGGCACAUACACAUGUAUGGUCAGUAAUUCUGCAGGUAACACAACGGCAUCUGCCACGCUCAAUGUGUCCUCUACAGAGAACAGCAGCUUCAGCUACUUCACCACAGUGACAGUGGAGACCAUAGAAACGCCACAUAAUGAAGGCUUCACCACCGCUGUGCAACAGAAAGUGGGCCCAACCCCGUCAGCUGGUACAUGGGAGUCUGUUUCACCCACCUCUACAACCACCACCACAGUCAGGAUCCCACUCUCCACCCAAGCCACAGAAAAGACUUACACAAUCCCUGUCACAGAGCUGGGUGGGGAGGACUCGCUGAACGGUUUGGAUGAGGUAAUGAAGACGACCAAGAUCAUCAUUGGCUGCUUUGUUGCAAUCACACUCAUGGCAGCGGUCAUGCUGAUCAUCUUCUACAAGAUGCGCAAACAGCACCACCAGCAGAACCACCACGCACCCACGCGCACCAUUGAGAUCAUCAAUGUGGACGAGGACUGUGUAACAGGAGGCCCGGGCAUGGAGGGCCACCUGACCCUGCCGCCUCUUGAGCACGAGCACCUCAACCACUAUAACACCUAUAAGACUGCAUACAACCAUGCCUCCACUAUCAACUCCAUACACAGCUCAGCGCACGAACCUUUGUUAAUCCGGGCCAGCUCAAAAGACAAUGUACAAGAGACCCAAAUCUAAUACUUUUUUUUUUCAAAAUGAGACAUUAUAAAACUGUUGGAAUUACAUAAAGACAUUACUGACAGGACAUUACUGACAAUUGGUUUUGAGAACUGUGGCUCAAACAUGGAGGAACAGACUCGUGUGUUUGACAAAUCAGUGGCUGGUGAUGUCUAUUCAAUGACUUUGGGAAUUAGGGUAUGUCUACUGUUUCAAAAAGUGUCUUUACAAAACAGAAGUUAUUUAUUUAAGAAAAAACUAUUGUGGUUAAAUCAAGAAAAAAACUGUAUUCUGCAAUUAUUUUUUCAGCACUUAAUUCAUGUUUUUCUUUUCUCCUUCCUCUCAUUUUACGGGAUUGGUUUACUAAUAUUCUUUCAAACUCUGUUUGAAAACAUCUGCUGAAGAAAAAACUCCUUAAGUAAAUUAUUGUUUUUGGUAAACUGCAGUCUUUGGAUCAGAUGAGAUAGUAACCUCAUGUCCCCAUGUAUUAAAGGAACAUAGGGCACAUUAGUGAUUUUCUCCAGCUGUGGAUUAAGUGAUGAAAUCUUUGUGACCAUCUGUAACUGAGAUUAAUUGAAGACUUAAUUUUACAGUGAGUGAAAGAACUCUCAGUGAUAAAAAUUGAUCAUAAUUAACUGUUUGAUUAUAUUGGUCACAUACAUAUUAGGCAUUCUCUGCUCUGACAUCAAUAGAGUUUUUUCAAUAAAAGGGAAUAUGUCCUGUGUUCUGCUGUUGUAAAAGUCGAGGAUCACUAUUAGAAGUGCAUUUUAGUUAAAUUAAAUUCUAUUGAUUAACUCUGAAAAAAUUCACAUUUGUCUUUGUGUUCCUAAUAUAUAUGCAAAAUGUUAUCCCUAAUCUCAAUUUGUUUUGACUCCAGUUGUCUGGGACAAUUUCUGAAUAAUAUAAAGUACAUUCCAUUAAUUGCAGGGUCAUGAUACAGGAGCAGCAAUAAUUGGUACUUUAGAUUCUACAUAAUUGUGAUUGAAAAAAUUCGGUAAGUCUUGUGAAGAAUGUAGAUGAUCUUAAAUUCUGGCAAAUGUCCACUUCCUGUUCCCAAUUUAUCAUGACCUCACCUUUACCUUACUGUGCUCUGUAAUGUGGCAUAUACAGAUGAUUGCUUUAAAGCCACCUUUUUUCAUGUUGGGACCCUUUACCUCGUCUGCAAUACUGCAGGACUGAGAGCUGUCAGAAGCAGUGUGAUGAGCUGGAGAAAGAGCUUAAACCCUUUUAUACAGCUGUCUGAGCACAUUGCCUCUCAUCUGUGUGCCACAUUUCCACAUGGGCAGUGUCUGGCAGCCCCAGAUUCACACCCUGCCCCUGCCAACCACAGGAAUUGGCCCUGAACAGUGGGGCUUAUGCUUUAGGGGUGAAUGUGUGGGAUCGGGCAUCAACCAGAUGUUUGGGUUGCACCUGCCUCUCCCUUUGCAACAACACAAUUUCCAUUUUAAAUGAUGUGCCAUGGGCUUUGGAUAAACACAGUUCUGCAGACGCCCAUGCCCUGGAAACCAUUUCAAAGUCCCCACCGUGAAAAAUGGCGGCAGGCACCAGAAAAUGCAGAGGUUAGCCAGACAUUUGUCUGAUCCAACACUUAGGAAGAUGCUCCAGCUUUAUAUUUAGGAAAUAAGAGCAGUUUUUAACAAUUUUAUGUAUAAAAAGGUUUGGUCAUUGUUAUGCUUAAUUCAAUUUUGUGUUACAUUAUAUCAAGGUGUCACAGUAAGGAAAUACAGAGAGGAGAAUGGCUCAUAUCUGCUACAGAUAGUGGCGUGUUCUUUCUGUGGAGUCAUCAUGCGCUCCACAAAACUUAAAGCUGGAAGUGUUACUCCACCCAAAAUUCACAGUAUGCUGUGAAGGUGUAGGUUUGGAUUAUUGGUGGUUAUAGUGGACUCCAAUGGUAGCAACGGUGGUUUACAAAGCAAAAAUAAAGUAUCAACACAUCCACUGAAAAUUAUCAAAUUAGCCCUGCUGCAUAAUCAACACCUCUGCUGUCCAUCUGUAUGCUCAAAUUUCACAUUUCACCAUUUAGAUAAAACACAACACUGUCAAGUUUACGAGCUAUAAGGUUUGUAGGUCCAUGCAUGUUACAACAUUAAUCUCAAUUUCCUUAAACAAAGCAUAGUACAGCCAAAUAUGAUUUUGACAGCAGUUCCCUAUCCACAUUGGGGAAUAAAGACAAAAAAAACAAAAUUCAAUUUAUUUAUAAACCUUUUACAGCCACCCUUUAAAGCCUACAUGAAUUGAGUGCUUUCUACUCAAAAAGACAUAUUUUCGACCGAAAAGACAAAUACUUCCCAUAUCUUAAUGUGUCAGCAUUUUUCAAGUAGGGAGAAUAAAUGAGAUAAAGUAGUCACAGUAUCUCAUGACUAGGAUAUGAAAAGAAAAUUAAAUUUGACAACAAGAUAAUAAUACAAAACCCUAUUGCCUAUAGAUUGAUAUUAGCUGGGGUCCUACUGUGUAAUACAACAUUUGCAUAGAUUAUAUAUGUUAAUAAUCUGUUAUCUGUUAAGUAAAAACUCAAAUUACCUUUCAUAUUUCACCUCAGGUCAUUUGAUAAUUCCAGUCCCGUGUGAAAGAGCAUCAUUUUAUUUUGUUUAAUCUUUCUUCCUCUUCCAGGUUAAGAAUUAUGGAGGCUGUAGUGGAAAUUAUUAUUGGGAGCUUUGACACCAUUUGGGGCGCAUAUUCAGGAGGUUAUUGUGUCCACUCAGUAUGGAGACCCACUGAAUGUUUCAAGGUCAUUUGAUAAUCAAGAUAAUUCUGGAUAUAUGUUGAGAAAAUUGAUUUAAUCACUUUGAAUGUGCUGCACACAACAUAGACGUGGGGGGUAGAUUCUUAACACGAGAUCCCCAGAUAAUUUUAGUCCGAACGGAAUGAGAUAAUUGAUUUCCCCGUAUCAAGCUUUUUUUUAUUACCCCCUGACACUAUUUAUCCCGUAAUUGCACUUCUGUGGAGUUUGGCACAUUUGUAAACCAUAGAAUGACAUGGGUGUGUGUCAUUUAGUCUGUGUUUGAGUUCCUAGUGGUGGGAUGUGGAUCACUAUUCUACUCAGUUUACUCAGAGAGUGUUACCAUCCUCCCUUUUUGCCUUUAGUUGGAGGUAAAUUGUCUGAAAAUUUAAAUGCUAAAUUUGUUGCAUUUUAGUCGAGCUGUCUCAUGUAUGUAAGAUAUCUAAAUAUUUUUGGUCAAUUUUCUUUUUUUUUCACAUUUUUUUUUUGGGUUUCUGAGAGGGAAUGCUGUUCUAGUGGUAGAUUUAUAUAAAAAUACAUUUUGAGAAUAAAAACAAAAACACAUUUUUUUAACAUUUUGAUUUUACAUGUGCCAACAACCUGUUCUAAAAGUGAAGAAGAGAAAAAUGCUGUAAAUGAUUAAGAGAUUGAUUUUCAUGUAAGCAUUCUUUCAUGACCUUUAAAAGAUAUGGAGAUCGAUUAUAGAGACCAGAGUUUGUAGUUCAUACACAAAAUAUGGUUAAAAUAAACUAUUGUUGUUUUUCUGUA